AUGGGAAAAUAUCAUAUUGCGUCCCCCUUCUUGGUAAAACCUUUUUUGCCUCAACAGGGAUUUUCUACUGCUCAGGUGUUGGUGACAUGUAUAGGAAAGAACCCGAAGACUCCCAAGGAAUCUGAACCAACGGCACCACUAUACCCUAUCUUGCAGGGGGGAACAGAAGAAGAACUUCUCUUUCCUCCCCCUUACCAACCCCCCAAACUGUCACUGGACCCCGCCAUUCCUUCACCCAGGGACGAAACACAGGGUUGGGGGGGGGGCACACAAAAUACUCGCCAUCGGCGAGCCAGGUCCCCGGAGGGGCCGGCAGACUCAACUGUUGUCCUCCCCUUACGAGUGACCAGCCCCCCCGAUGAAGCAGGAAACCAACCUCAUCAAUACUGGCCCUUCUCUACUAGUGACCUAUAUAACUGGAGAUCCCAGAAUGCUAAGUUCUCAGACAAUCUUACAGACCUAACUAACCUUCUAGAAACUGUGCUUUUUACUCGUCAGCCCACCUGGGACAACUGCCAACAGCUGCUCCAGAUUCUCUUCACCACAGAAGAGAGAGAGAGACUACAGAAUGAGGCCUGUAAAAGGGUCCCAGGGGCAAAUGGAGAACCCACCACUAAUAUAGAUGAAAUCAACACCUCUUUUCCUCUAUCGCGACCUGACUGGGAUUACAAUAUGGCACGAGAUAAGGAGAGGCUCCAGGUCUAUCACCAGACUCUUUUGGGGGGGCUUAAGGCAGCUGCAUGGAAACCUACUAACCUAGCUAGAGUGGGAGAUGUUCAGCAGGGUCCCACCGAGAGUCCAGCAGCCUUCCUGGAGAGGCUAAUGGAGGCCUUUAGACAAUACACCCCCAUGGAUCCAGAAGCAGAAGGCACUCAGGCUGCUUUGAUAAUGCAUUUUGUCAACCAGGCGGCUCCCGACAUUAGGAAGAAGUUACAAAAACUUGAACGCCUGGGUGAAAAGAGUAUCCAGGAUUUAAUAACAGUAGCAGAAAGAGUCUACAACACCCGAGAAACCCCCGAGGAAAAGCAAGUCAAAGCAGCAAAUUGCCAAACCCGUAACAUGGCAUGCAUCCUGCUGGCUGCAACAGUUCCUGACUCGGGAGAGAGGGAGUGCCAGUUGUGCCACCUGGCUGCUGAAGGUACAUCCCCAUACACGACCAGCAUUGAAAAAAACCAAUGUGCAUGUUGUAAAGAGGAAGGACAUUGGGCCAAGCAAUGCCCUAAGAAAAAGAAGGGACCACGAAAGACCCCCAUCCUGGCUGUCGAAGAACUGAGCGAUUAGGGAGGACGGGGUUUGGCGCCCCUCCCCAAACCCAGGGUAACCCUAAGAGUGGAGGGGACCCCAAUUGACUUCCUUGUCGAUACAGGGGCUCAAUAUUCGGUUUUGCUAGAGCCCCAGGGAAAACUGGCCAGAAAGACCUCUUGGGUGCAGGGGGCUACUGGAAUGAAACAAUACCAAUGGACUACCCAAAGAUCAGUGGACUUGGGUGCAGGCCGGGUAUCCCACUCUUUCAUGGUCAUUCCGGAAUGCUCCUUCCCUCUAUUGGGAAGAGACCUGUUGACCAAAAUGGGGGCCCAGAUUCAUUUCCUCCCAGGGGAAACCAAAAUACUCGACCAGUCGGGCAGACCAAUCCAAGUACUGACCAUUCAAUUAGAAGAUGAAUAUUGGCUGCACCAGAAACCUAUACCACUUCCGGUAGGCAUUCGAAAAUGGCUAGAUGAGUUCCCCGAGGCGUGGGCCGAGACAGGGGGAACCGGUUUUGCCGAACACCACCCUCCUGUAUAUGUAGAUCUUAAGCCAGGGGCUGACCCCAUCCAGGUCCGACAAUACCCCAUGACCCUGGAGGCCUGACAGGGGAUCACCCCCCAUAUCCACAGGCUCCUAGCCCAGAAAAUCUUGAGACCCUGCCAGUCGGCCUGGAACACCCCCUUGCUCCCUGUCAAAAGAACAAAUUCUCAUGACUAUCGGCCAGUGCAGGAUUUAUGAGAGGUCAACCGCCGAGUUUUAGAUAUUCACCCUACAGUGCUGAACCCAUACAACCUCCUGAGCUCUCUCCCACUGGACCAUCACGGGUAUAUGGUCUUAGAUUUAAAGGAUGCUUUCUUCAGCCUCCCCCUGGCAUCCAAGAGCCAGGACCUUUUUGCCUUUGAAUGGUCUGAUCCAGAAGAAGGAAUCAACGGCCAGCUGACCUGGACCCGGCUGCCACAGGGAUUUAAGAAUUCUCCCACCAUCUUCGAUGAGGCCCUCCAUGAGGAUCUGGGUGAGUUCAGACAACAACACCCCCAACUAACCUUGUUACAAUAUGUAGAUGACCUCUUAACUGCAGCAAAGGACCAACAGACUUGCCUUAUGGGCACCCAAGAACUAUUGUGGACCCUUGGAAAAUUAGGGUACUGAGCCUCAGCCAAAAAGGCUCAGAUAUGCCAACCAGAGGUCACCUACUUAGGGUAUGUAUUAAAGGAAGGACAGAGAUGGCUGUCAGAGGCACAAAAGGAGACGAUAAUCAAAAUCCCUACCCCAGAUUCACCUCAAGGGGUGAGAGAAUUUUUGGGGUCCGCUGGGUUCUGCCGUCUUUGGAUCCCAAAUUAUGCGGAACUGGCUAAACCCUUGUAUGAAGCCACAAAAAGUACCACCCCUUUCAGUUGGACGGAGCGGAUGGAGACCGCUUUCAAGACUAUUAAAACGGCCCUGCUGUCAGCCCCUGCCCUAGAGUUGCCUGACGUUACAAAACCCUUUCUCCUGUACGUAGAUGAAAAACAAGGAGUGGCGAAGGGGGUACUGGUGCAACACCUGGGACCUUGGAAACGGCCGGUGGCUUACUUGUCUAAACGCCUAGACCCCGUGGCGUCAGGCUGGCCCCCAUGCCUCUGCAUGAUUGUGGCAGUGGCCCUAAUGGUCAAGGAUGCAGAUAAACUGACACUGGGGCAAGAGUUGCAUAUCACCACCCCCCAUGCCAUUGAGGACGUCCUAAAACAACCCCCAGAUAGGUGGAUCAGCAACGCUCAGCUGACCCACUACCAGGGAUUACUGCUAAACCCCUCCAGAAUCAUCUUUCUGCAGCCUACUGCUCUCAAUCCGGCUACACUGCUUCCCAACCCGGAUUUGGAAGCCCCAAUCCAUGACUGCAGCGACAUACUAGCCCAAGUACAUGGAACGCGAGAGGACUUGCAAGAUCACCCUCUAGCGGAUGCUGAAGUUACCUGGUAUACGGAUGGAAGCAGUUUGGUCCGAGAUGGGCUCAGGUAUGCAGGGGCAGCCGUAACCACAGAAACCCAAAUCGUGUGGGUGGAAGCACUACCUCCAGGCACUUCGGCUCAAAGGGCUGAACUAAUCGCCCUAACCAAAGCCCUCCAGUUGGGAAAGGACAAAAAACUUAAUGUCAUUACUGAUAGCCCAUACCCCUUUGCUACUGCCCAUAUACACGGAGCCAUCUACAGAGAGAGAGGCCUCCUCAUGGCCGAGGGUAAAACGAUCAAAAAUAAAGAAGAAAUAAAAACCCUCCUCACGGCAUUAUGGCUGCCUAAAAAACUAGUCAUAAUACACUGCCCAGGACACCGAAAGUCAGACACCCUGACCUCAAAGGGAAACAAUUUGGCAGACAGAGCAGCCCAAGAUGCAGCCCAGGGCACCGUGAUAGAAGCCACCCUUCAAUUGCCCGAUCCUGGCAGCCCUGUUCUCUCCCUGAUCCUCCCGGAGGAACUAGGAAAACAGGUGUUACUGAGGAUGCAUCAUGCCACUCUCCUGGGAACCCACAAGAUGCAGGACCUGAUUAGACAUGCCAAGAUUACCAUGAGAGACGUCAGAUUGAUGAUAGAAAAUAUCGUAUCAACCUGCAAGGCCUUCCAGCUCACCAACGCUGCCCAUCACCCAGCCAACCGUGGGUCUAGAGAACUCGGGAGUCAAGGAGGAGCAUAGUGGGAGGUGGACUUCAAUGAGGUAAAACCAGGUAAAUAUGGAUACAAAUAUCUACUGGUAUUCAUAGAUACUUUCUCAGGAUGGGGAGAAGCUUACCCCACCAAGAGAGAAACAGCACAGGUGGUGGCCAAAAAGCUGAUUGAAGACAUCUUGCCGUGGUUCGGGUUUCCUGCACAGGUGGGGUCGGACAAUGGGCCAGCCUUCAUAUCUCAGGUAAGCCAGGGAGUAGCCCGGGCUUUGGGGGCUAGGUGGAAGUUGCAUUGUGCUUAUAGGCCCCAGAGCUCAGGACAAGUAGAGAGGAUGAAUAGAACACUCAAAGCAACAUUAACAAAACUAGUUGCUGAGACUGGCAGGGACUGGGUGGUUCUCCUCCCCUUUGCCCUAUACCGGGUGCGAAAUUCUCCCUACCAACUGGGACUUACCCCCUUCGAAAUUAUGUAUGGGAUACCUCCCCCAAUAAUUCCUAACCUAAAGAUAGAGGUGCUAAAAGAGAUAGAUGAUCAAAGAUUACUCUUUUGUCUCCAGUCCUUACAAUACUCCCACAGGGACACGUGGAAAAGGCUCAAGGCAUUAUAUGAAUCAGGCCCACCACCUGAACCCCACUGCUACUGGCCAGGAGACUGGGUGUACGUGCACCACCAUCAUCAAGAGACCCUAGAGCCCAGGUGGAAAGGGCCCUUCCUAGUUGUCUUGAGGACACCCACUGCUCUCAAGGUUGAUGGCAUAUCUACUUGGGUUCACUACACCCAUGUACGGCCUGCGGACCUGUUUGCCCUAAGGGAAUUCCUCCCCCAAUGGAAGACCAAGCUGGACAAAACAAAUCCACUCAAACUCAAGCUACAAAGACGAUAA